GGUGUGGGGGGUGGUAACCACAGCAGUCCUCCUCCUGUUGUCUCCUCCUGUCUUCCACAGGGUCUUGUCCUCCUGCCGGUGGACUUGCUGAAGACUUUACUUUGCAGACAGGUGUUGGAGACCCCCGCGCGUCCUCCCCCCCACGGAGACAGAAAGGGCAAAGAUGACCGGACCCACGGCACCGAGGCGGCAGGACACCCGGAAAUUUGUGGAGAACCUGUCCGGAGCCGGUAAAUCCAUCGCGGUGCUGACCAGCGGAGGAGAUGCUCAAGGGGUACCAGGGGAUGGUGGACGGUGGAGACAACAUCAAAGAGGCGACGUGGGAAAGUGUCUCCAGCAUGCUGCAAGUGGGUGGCACAGUCAUCGGAAGCGCUCGCUGCAAAGAGUUUCGAACCCACGAGGGCCGCCUUAGAGCCGCUCACAACCUGGUGCAGCGCGGCAUCACCAACCUGUGCGUGAUUGGUGGAGACGGCAGUUUGACCGGAGCUAACCUCUUCAGGGAGGAGUGGAGCGGCCUGUUGAACGAGCUCCAGCAGGAAGGUCUCAUAGACAAGGAGGCAGUUCAGAGUCAUUCUGAGCUUCACAUCGUGGGCAUGGUUGGCUCUAUUGACAACGACUUUUGUGGCACGGACAUGACCAUCGGCACCGACUCUGCCCUCCAUCGGAUCAUUGAGGUGGUGGAUGCCAUCAUGACCACUGCUCAGAGCCACCAGAGGACAUUUGUGUUGGAGGUUAUGGGCAGACACUGCGGGUACCUGGCUUUAGUUAGUGCACUGGCAUGUGGAGCAGACUGGGUCUUUAUUCCAGAAAUGCCUCCUGAAGAUGGAUGGGAGGACAACAUGUGUCAGAAACUCCAUGAGAACCGUGCUGAUAAGAAAAGGCUGAACAUUAUUAUUGUAGCCGAGGGUGCCAUUGAUUGCCACAACAAGGCAAUAACCCCAGAUUAUAUCAAGGAUCUGGUAGUGAGCCGCCUGGGUUUUGACACCAGGGUCACUAUCUUGGGCCACGUUCAGAGAGGUGGGACCCCAUCUGCAUUUGAUAGGAUCUUGGCUAGUCGUAUGGGUGUGGAGGCAGUGCUGGCGUUACUGGAGGCGUCUACUGACACGCCAGCCUGCGUUGUAUCUCUAGUUGGGAACCAGGCUGUUCGGCUGCCWCUGAUGGAGUGUGUUCAGAUGACCCAGGAGGUGCAGAAGGCCAUGGAUGAGAAGAAGUUUGAAGAGGCAGUCAGGCUGCGUGGAAGGAGCUUUGAAAAUAAUCUGACCACCUACAGACUGCUCGCCUCCCGCAAAGCAGAUUCUGAACUCCCAAAUAGCUCCUUUAACGUGGCCGUGUUGAACGUGGGUGCUCCGGCUGCAGGGAUGAACGCCGCCGUGCGUUCUGCUGUCAGGGUGGGAAUCACUGAAGGACACAAAAUGUUUGCUGUGAACGACGGCUUCGAGGGUUUCUACAAAGGCCAGAUCAAAGAGAUCGGCUGGGGAGAUGUUGGAGGAUGGACAGGCCAGGGGGGGUCUCUCCUGGGGACCAAAAGAACUCUUCCAGGGAAACAUCUGGAGAAGAUCGCUGAACAGAUGAGGAUCAAUAACAUCAAUGCUCUGCUGGUGAUCGGAGGAUUUGAGGCUUUUGAGUCCCUGCUGCAGCUGUACCAGGCCCGGGCCCACUAUGAGGAGUUUUGCAUCCCGAUGUGCGUUCUGCCUGCUACCAUUAGUAACAAUGUUCCGGGCACCGACCUCAGCCUCGGAGCCGACACGUCGCUCAACGCCAURGUGGAGACGUGUGACCGCAUCAAGCAGUCGGCCAGCGGCACCAAGCGGCGGGUCUUCAUCAUCGAGACCAUGGGGGGCUACUGUGGCUACCUGGCCACCGUGGGCGGUCUGGCUGCAGGCGCCGACACGGUCUACAUCUACGAGGAGCAGUUUGACAUCCGUGACCUGCAGAACAACGUGGAACAUCUGACGCAGAAAAUGAAGACGAGCAUCCAGAGAGGCUUGGUGCUCCGGAACGAGAACUGCAACGAAAACUUCACCACCGACUUCAUCUACCAGCUGUACUCUGAGGAAGGUCGAGGCGUGUUCGACUGCAGGAAGAACAUCCUGGGUCACAUGCAGCAGGGAGGAGCUCCAUCUCCUUUUGACAGAAACUUUGGCACCAAAGUUGCAGCUAAAGCCGUUCAGUGGAUCACACGGAUGCUCAAAGAGUCCUACAAAGGAGGGAGGGUCUUUGCUAAUUCAGAGGAGAGCGCCUGUCUGCUGGGGAUGCGUCGAAGAGCGAUGGUCUUUCAGCCGGUGGCACAGCUUCAGGAAGAGACCGACUUUGUCCACAGGAUCCCGACCGAGCAGUGGUGGCUGAAACUCCGUCCCGUGAUGAAAAUCCUGGCCAAGUACGAGACCGACUACGACAUGUCCGACUCAGGCCAGCUGGAACACGUGGCCCAGGUCCGACCCAAAGAGAGCGACUUCACGGCUUCCAUCUGAUCCGUCUGCAGACAGCUGCACUCCUGCAGGAAACUAGCCGCUCACACAACGACUGAUCGGGUGAUUGUUGAUUGACUGAAUGUUAUGAAAGUUUUAAUUGUAGGGAAUAAAAAUUAAGAUUAUAUCAUACAYGCACGGUGCUUUUCUAAGAGCGAGAGUCWAUUUGAAAUCAGAUUAGAGGACGAUAUAUAUUUAUUUUAAACAUGCUAACAGCUAACACUGUAUUUAGCUACCCAAAGUUAUCACAGAGAAUUUAAUAUAUGCACUACUCAUGAUGUACUGUAUUUAGGUUCUAGUCCCAGAAAUGUAGCUCYUUUUCAACACAGCACACUGAGCAGGGUCACGUGUUUAAAGUCUAGCUUUUAUUCUUGUAUAUCCAAGAGCAUAAUUUAGUGUAAACACCUAAAAAAGUGUUCAUCUACGUCUGGAGGAUCAUGCACACCCAAGAAUGUCGACACCUCGACCGGACAACCCUGAAGCCUGAAGGAGGAGGUGGAGUCAGGGUCCAGGACUGGCCAGUCGUGCGUACAGUCAGCUAACUGUACGUGUGUGUUGUGUUGUUGCCUUCGCUACUUGUAUCCAUCCUGGGCUUUCAAUGUGGCACCUUGUUGUUUCUGUGCAGGUCUCUGUAGUUACAGUGAAGUGGAAAACGUGUCAAACUGCACAUUGUUCAUGUUGCUUUACUAAGACUGUCCAGUCAGAGGAAAUAAAGCAGUUAUUGUGUGGAAAAAAACAA